GCAAUCAGUCUUUAAGGUUUCUAUAUAGGUUUACCAAAAUCACGCAUCUUCAUGUUCGAACUCUUUCAUUUUACAAAAUCCAUAUUUUUAAAAGUGGUUUGUCGCAAAUUCCACCCAAAUUCUCUCAUUGGAAAGGACUUUUUGUCAUUGAGAGAUUUUAACGACUUAGAAAUUCAGCAGUUUUUAUGGACUGCCUAUGAUUUAAAACAUAGAAUCAAAGAAAAAGAAGAGUAUUUACCAAUUCUACAAGGAAAAUCGAUUGCAAUGAUUUUCCAAAAGAGAAGUACACGCACAAGAUUAUCAAUUGAAUCAGGGGCCACAAUUUUGGGUGCCCAUCCAAUAUUCUUAAGCAAUAAUGAUAUACAUCUUGGAGUUAAUGAGAGCUUAAAAGAUACUGCCAAUGUAUUUUCAAGCUUAAGUGAUAUGAUUGUGGCCCGUGUGUAUGAUCAAAAUUUUUUAACGACAUUAGCUAAAAAUGCAUCAGUUCCUGUUAUUAAUGCUUUAUCCGAUCAUUCUCAUCCUCUUCAAAUAUUAGCCGAUUUUUUGACUUUACAAGAACAUUUUGGCUUUUUAAAAGAUUUGAAAAUAGCAUGGAUAGGAGAUGGUAACAAUAUAUUACAUUCACUUCUACUAGGAGCUCCUAAAAUGGGCAUGCAUCUAAAUUAUGCUACCCCUAAAGGUUAUGAACCUGAUAAACAAGUUGUCACGGUAGCGAUGGAAUUAAGUAAACAAUAUCAUACAAAAUUGCGCUACUUUACCGAUCCCAAAGAAGCUAUUAAAGAUAGUAACGUUGUUAUAACUGAUACAUGGGUUAGUAUGGGGCAAGAAGAUGAAAGGGAUAAACGGAUGAAAGCAUUUGAAGGAUAUCAAAUUGACAAACAUAUGACUAAAUUAGCUUCACACGAUUGGGUUUUCUUACAUUGCUUACCACGAAAGUCUUAUGAAGUCACGGAUGAAAUAUUUUAUAGCGAUAAAUCUUUGGUAUGGAAGGAAGCUGAAAAUCGAAAGUGGACUUUUAUGGCUGUUAUGCUACAUUUGCUCAAAUCAUAUUUUCCGCGUAAUUUCAAACCAAACUUUACCAAAAUAGAUUAAUCUUGUUGGAUAUUUUUACAAUUUUAUUAAUUAUAUAUAUUAUAGAAAAAUUAUUUUACCUUGUUAAAAAUUCAAAA